AUGCUGAAGUGGGCAGGCCGAGGACACGAUGCUCGUGGGGCGGCAGGAACACUACCAGGAGAAUUGAUCGUGAAAUGCCCCUCCUGUCCACACCCCGGUAUCAACUUACCUGACAAUUGGAAGGAUGCUCCGGAUAACCUAAGGUUCCUAUAUGCGGUCAUGAUAUGUCUCGAUGCAAAUUUCCGCCUCAAAAAUCAAAUGGUAUCGAACUACUCCCAGGAUCCUGGCCUGGGCCUGGGACUUGCAUAUAUGAUCCACAGAGACAAAUAUGAGAAAUAUGUAAAAAGCAAGGCGAAUGAGAAGGAUAUUAGCACCUGCGUUGGAUUUCAAGCACUGGCAAAGGCAAAUAGCAAGUUUUCGAAGGGACUGAGAUAUACAGGAGUUGGUAUGGGUGUAUGCGGGAGGUCAGAGAUGAUUUUAGGGGUUGGAAAUCUCCACAAGGGUGAACGGUAUGCUAACAUGGAUUAUAUUUUCGGAGUGAUUCUUCAAGCAAUUGCGGUCACCGCCGUUCUCGCUAGCUAUGAUAUUGCAUGUCAAUGGUUUCUUAACCUCCUAAGACGGAUCCAGGAGGAUUGGCCACCGGAAAUCAAACCAUCGUCAGCCAUCCAGUUUACACCAGCAAUUCCAAAACUUCACGCCUCUAUGCACAAGCAGUCACACUCUAACCACGACAUCUAUUCCCUCAACCUCAUUCCUGGUGUUGGACUAUCCGAUGGCGAGUGUCCGGAACGAGUUUGGGGGCCACAUAAUGCCCUUGGAAAUGCCACCAAGACCCAAGGCCCCGGAGCGCGACAAGAUACUCUAGAUGACCAUUUUGGAUUUUGGAACUGGAUGAAAUACUCGUCAAUGGGUACAACCCUUUUGCGACGUUAUAGGCAGGCUGUUGCGGACCGAAAUAUGCAGUCUGAAGGGCAUCGCGGUUUAACUGAAUCAUUAGAAAAAGAAAACAAGGAGUUGGUUGCAACAUGGGAGAAAAUGUGCAUUGAGUGGGAGAAUGACUCUUUUCCAAAGAAAACCGCAAAAAACCCGUACUACAUGCCAAGUUUUACUCUUUCUGAGGCCCAGGUUAAAAAGCAGCUUGCUGAGAAAGAUGCAGAAUACAUUGCUCAAGGAGGAGCAUUUCCUCACGCCACGACCGCCUCAAUGUUUAUUGCACUCGGGCUAGAGCUUGAGGAAGCAAUCCGUCGUGUACGUCGGCUUGCUAAGGGUGUUGGGUCUCAGUCAACAAUCAGACAGUCUGGGUCUCUGACCGAGCAACGAAACUCGUUAGCAACUCGGAUUCGUUCCUGGGAGCAGCUGCUACCUGUUUACAUGCCGGGCAUUUUACAGUACCGCACAGAUUAUCCGGUUACCACUCGCUCUAUCAAUUCCGAAGACACAAUCCUUUAUCUUCCUUCUUUCGUACCUGAGCCUCACCGUUCUCGCAUCUGUGUCCCAGGCCUGGCUCUUAUAGAGCAGGAACUCCGAUUUGCACAACUCUCGGACUCGCUAUCCUCCAUUCGACAAAUUCUUAUCAUCAAAUCACGCAUGAUCGAUUUCAAAAAUAAGAACAUUCGGGGCCAACGGGAUGGGACUCGGUCGACUACAAUCAUUGACCGGGUACACGAAAGAGCUCGUUUUGCAGCUUCAAAGUAUCGUGCUGCGCGUAUCGCAUAUCUGGCAUUAGCAGGAGAAGGUGACUGGAUGGAAACAUACCAGGUUUUGGAGGAUAAAGAUGUCCGAGGGUAUCAAGACCCAAACAGGUUACGCACGCACGUGGGCAGACGGGGUAUAUACGAGGAUGGGCAUGAGCCGAUUGCUGGUGGAAGAGAGGAGGUCGAGACAGAGGACGGAGUUACACUUUUGAACCAGCCAAGGAGCAGGAGGGAUGGAACUGGGGAGACGCGAAGAACCCUAUCUUGGAUAUGGUCGGUAAAUAUCGGUGUCCGCUCUGAAGAAGACAAAGACGAUAUUCUUCGUGUUGAGUGGGCGAAAAGCCGAGCCCGAAUGAUGCGUGCUAAAGAAGAGGUCAUGCUGCUAAAAGAAGAAAUGAGACGCACACUCGCCUUCUUGGAAUACAGGAAACAGUGGUGGCUCAAACGUAAAUCCGCAUGGACAGGUGUCCGUAAGGAUUUAUUGGAAGGUAUAUCUGCAUUUGCGAUUUCUCAGGCAGAUAUACAGGACUCUUUGGCUCAACAUUUUCGUGCCCUUUGGGCGACACCCUUGGUUGAUGGAUUUUCCCAGACGCAGGGGGAUGAUGUUGACGAUGAUGAGGCAGAAGGAGAAGAAAUGGAGGAAGUGGAGAUUCAGGAUAAUGAUGAGGAGGAUGUUGACGAUAUUGUAGAACACCCCCUGUUGUAG